AUGACACCAGAAAACAAAAUCCGCACAGCAGCAGCACAGCCCCCAAAGGAAAUGUACAAAAUCCUGUCAGCCAUAAAGCAAGAGGCACCAGAAGAAGACAUAGACUAUUUAGGCCACAAAAUCACAAUUGCAGGCAAGACGGAAAAGACAAGAAAAUCCCCAUAUCUUUUGUAUUCCAUGAUAGAGACACUAAGGAUUGGUGCGCCCCAUAAUCCAUUUACGCUGGAGCAAGUGAAAGAGCUCUUCAAAGAAAUAAUUCACAGAGGACCAAAACAAGCAGAAGACAAAAAGAUCCUUGAGAUUAUAGCAUGUUACAGGAUGGUGAGCCUGCUGACAGACGUAAAAACCAUAAAUAAUCUAGCAGAACUUUCCCUCCUGAAUAUUUCCCAGAAGUGGAGUCUAGAGAUGCUUCAGUCCAUAGUGGAAGAAAAAGAAGAAGACCUAGGGAGAGAAAUAAAAUUAAAAAUAGCGAAGAGAGUGGCAGAAGGGUCUUCAAUUCUUGGGUUUUUCAUUGAAAAGUACCCUCUUCUAUUUAUGCCAGCCGUUAAGGAGAUAAUUUUAUCAACGAAAAAAUCAAAAAUAGAGAUAAUUAAGAGAUUUAACUCCCUGAAUAAAGAAGUUGUCACAGUGGCUGCCAUAAAGCAAGCAACAGAAAGCAGCAAAGACAAAAAGGAGUUCUUGAAAUUCGUGCAAGAAGCAUCUGUAAGACAAGAAAUUCUUAAGUACGUGGAAACACUUGCUGAAGACAGAUCACAAUGGAUCAGGUGCCAGGUACCAAAGAUUCUCUACAGAAAGUCAAAAAGCACCUUCUAUACAUCUGCAUCUGGUGCAGUCAUCCGGGAAAGUGCUGUCUCUAUAUGGAAAAAUAGACUACAAGAUACAUCAGCACAAGUAAGACAAGAAAUACUAAAGACAGCAGCACAUGAAGGCAUAAGGGACCUAAAGGAAAUACAACAGGCAAUUUUGGAAAGAAUCAGAGACACAAACAGAGACGUAAGAAAAGAAGCAAUCUCAGUUAUUUCAUCCCUGGCAGCAGAAGCAAUAGAAUAUGCACAGAGUAGUAGAGAGAAGUGUUUUAUAUGCAGAAGAAAUAAUUCUCAAAAUGAAAUAUUUAUUCCCUUGCUGCUCUCCAUAUUCAUUGAUGACCAUGCAGCACAAGUAACCAUGAUUAAGGCAGUACUGGAUUCACUUGCAAAAACAACCUCAAACACCAUGGUGCAACAAGAGAUUAUAGCAGAAAUAUUUCACAUGGUGCACAAAUCACCAGAAGACAUUGAAAAACUCACAGGAUGCGCAAGUGCCCUAGUAGCACUGGGGUUAAGUACGUACGAAGAAGUAUUUUCUUGCUCAAAACAUUCACCAACUGUCGAUUUAAUAAAGAAAAUCACCUCCCCUGGGUCUGCCACUAAACAAGAAAUAAAACUGACAGAAGACACACCAGUCUGCUUGAUUCUGAUGCACUUAGAGGGAUAUAGCAGAGGACAAAUUCCAGUGUCAUUUUUGUCUCUCCUGAAGAAACUCUCAGAGAGAAUAUCAGAAGCACUCUUCUACAGAAUUGCAAGAAUCAUAACUGUAGCACAGUACAGUGCAGUUAUGCAGUGGGGUGCACCAGAAGAGUACAAAGAAGGAGGGUACCCUAGGGCAUAUUUGGAAGCCAGACAGAUAUGCAUCACAGAAGGACAGGAUUUCUCAAUUGACUUAUCCAGAAUAGAAGAGAAUAGGUCUAUCCUAGGGAAUAUAAGCAUGGAUGUGGCAGAGCAAGAGAGAAGACUUUUUGAGUUUGGGGGUACAUUGCUUCUUAUGCUGCAAAUGGACUUCUUGGAGUGCGGUAAUAGAUCAGCCCUGUUGGAAAGAACUGUCUUCAAGUACAUUCUCUCUUGCAAGUCAUCAGAACUGCCUGAGUGCGUGGAUUGGCUCUUUUUCAAGCAGAGAUUAGUCUGCGGCAUAAGACAGCACCCAGACACAGAGAUACGUCUUAUAUUCUCUGCUAUUUUAGUUUUAAUCUACCAACGUACUACGAUAGUUUUGAAUAUAAAGGGAAUUUUAAGUCUUCUUUCAUUCUUGUGCUGGAUCUCAGUUGAGUACAGGCAGCCACGUAUAGUUGAUGCAGUCCAGUCUAUCUUCCACUCAAACACAGAACAUGCCCAGGAGAUCUUCUCUUUCUUCAUGAACUUGAAGAGAAUUAAGAUAGAAGAAGAUGAAAGACAGAAUGAGAUGUACAUCUUAUCUGAGGAGGUGACAGCAAUGCUUGUAAGAGAGACAAGCAAGCUAGGCAUAAACUCAGCACAAUACUCAAAUGAACUCCCUGAUGGAUUCUGUGAAGAACUUCGAAUACGCGGAGGAUGGGCCACCACGCUGCAGCUACUGGAUGAUGACCGGUUUAGCUCAAAUUUACUCACAGUCUUCAAGCCAAAAUAA